UGUUGGAGUUUGUCUGAUCGAGAACAAGUGAUCUGUAAACUACUUUCCUGUCUGUGGGUUGACACGCUGGCUUUCGAUUUCGUAUCGUUGUGGUACUCUGUGCGCCUCUUGGCGUAAUGAAUAGACUUUUUUGGAUCAGGAAAUGUGCUGAUAGUUCACACAGAUGACAAAAAAACUUUUGAAAGCGAGGAUUAUGCGUAAUUAAAAGCUAGCCUUUAUUCGGCAGGAAAUGGCUUGCGCUCAAAGGCGGGAUUUGUCCUACGUAUUUCAGCCAGUUAUCCAUGAGCCUCUCUCCACGCCAGAUCAACAGAACAGUCUUAAUGGAGAGACAGUAGAAAAUGGAGGUACUUCACACAAAGAAGCCAUACCUACCAAGGAUAGCCAGGAGUUUCAUGCAGCCAUGAGAGAAGCAUUCCAGAGUAAGGUACAACAUCCUAGGAAGGCAAUGUCACUGUUUCUUAAAGCAGGAAAAGGUCUAGUUCUUGUUGGCAAUGAUGAAGCUGCCUUGGAAUGUUUUGAAUCCCUAAUCAGCCUGGCCAAGGAACAACUCAAUCAUGUGCUUACUGAAAAAUCCAAGUUGCCAUCUUUAUCUCCUCUUGAAAAAGAAGAGAUUUGUCGACAGAAGUCUCUGAAAAGAGAGGACUCAUUAAAGGAGAAAGCUAAACAAGACGACGAGAGGCAAGGUUUGAUUACAUCAAACGGAGAGAAGACUGAAUUAAGAAAUGGUUACAGUGAAACUAAUACUUGUAGAAGUCAAGAAAAUGGACAUGUUGCAGUGAUUUCUAUUGAUAGUGAUCCAGCGUUUAACUCGGAAACAAGUGGACCUUCAAACGGACAGUCAGUGAGAACUAGUCAAAAAGAAUUUGAGGAAUCAGAGGUUGUCCAAGUUUCUGAUGAGUCAAAUAUUUGUGUAGUGCAAGAAGAGUCAAUGUUUUUUCGUUCUGUUGCAACUAUCGUAGAGGAGCAUUCUAUGGCCUCUUCCGAGAGCUCUAUGUCUGAUGAUGUACGGUUUGGUUCACCUGUGGCAUUUGAAGAAGUAGUUGUAGAAGACUGGUCAGAAGGAACAGUGUCCUGUGCAGCAGAGAUUGCACAAGAUGAUGUAAAGAUGUGUGUUGUGGAAUGUGUAGAAGCCAUGCAAGAGGAUUUUGAGGUUGCCACAGUGGACAGCGAUGAUUCUCUGAGUGUUUGUAGUGUUGGGGGUUCAGAAAAUGAUGUGUAUACUCACAAUAUUGUUGUUGAAUGUGGAAAACAGAUUGUUGAGGAGGUUCUUCGGAGUCCGCAAGAGAAAGCAUUAAUCAGAAGAGGAUAUGUUGUGAGUGAAUUGAUUGACACAGAGCAAAGUUAUGUUCAAGACCUUGGUUAUGUUGUUAAGGGUUACAUACCAGAAUUUUCUUCAAGUAAUCUACCAGUAGAAUUAAAAAACAAAGAAAAAGAAAUAUUUUCCAAUAUACAAGACAUUCACGAAUGGCACUCAAGCGAACUGUGCAAUCAUUUGAAGUCCUGUGAAGAUGAGCCUGAUAAGAUUGGUGAAGUUUUUGCAGAAUCGGAACAAAAACUGGAAAAACUGUACUCGGAGUACUGCAGAAACAAACCAAAAUCGGACUUGUUGGUCCAAAAAUAUGCCGACUCCUUUUUCCAAAGCUGCAAGGAAAGACUGGGUCACAGACUGCAGUUGGCUGAUUAUCUUAUCAAACCUGUUCAGAGGAUAACUAAAUAUCAACUGUUACUCAAGGACAUUCUGAAGCAUACAGAAAAAGCUGGAGAGGAUUGUAGUCAACUAGAGAAAGCUUUAGAAGUUGCCCUUCGAAUUCUCAAGCGGACAAAUGACAUGGUUAACGUAGGAAUGCUUCAAGGCUUCGAGGUGAAAGCUGAGGAAACAGGAGAUCUUUUACUUCAGGACGAGUUUAUGGUUGUCGAUGGAAAAGCGAAGACAAAAGGCAAAGAGAGAAGAGUGUUCUUAUUUGAAAAGAUAAUUAUAUUUAGCGAGCCAAUGACAAGAGAAGGUGGUCUUCCCGAGUUUAGAUUUAUGCACAGCAUGAAGACCAAAGGUAUUGGCCAGACAGAAUCAGUGGAUAGCGAUCCCUGCAAGUGGGCGGUCUGGCUGAGAAAACUGGGCGGCGCUGAAAUUUAUCUCCUGAAGGCAUCUUCACAAGAGUCUAAGGAACUCUGGAUCAAGAGUAUAAAAGAAUGCCAUAACAAGAAGAAAACAGGAUUGCUUAAAGCGUGGAAUAGAUACAGAGGUAGAGGUUCAGAAUGUGACAAGGACCAAGCUGACUCCACUGAUGGGGGACUCCUCAGAAUUCGUACACAGCGGCAGGGUGGGUCGCGCCGAACGACAUUCAAACGAAAGCCGGCCUCUAAGAACGCCGGGAAGAGCGUAAAGAGAGAUAGAGAUCCGAGCACUUCAGAAAGAUUACAGGAAAACAUCAGAAAAUUCCGAACAGAAGAAAGAAUGCUAGCGGUGGAUCCAUCGUCUAUCGAAGACGAGUGUGAUGGUCUUAUACAACAAACUUCCUUGGAUGAUUCACCUGUGCCUCAGUCCCCUAGGGUGGAAAUAAGCGCAGAGCCGAAAUUGGCCGAGUUGACACCUGCGGAGCGUUGGCUCAAGUUAGAAACAGAGGAAAAUCAGCUCAACAAGUUGUUACAUUUGACCAGGAUGAUAGCAGCCAGGCUGUUUCAAAUCAGAGACCGUGAAAGAGCGCUUCAACUCUACAAUGACGUCAUAGCUACAACUCUGUGUUUGGAAGAGAUGAGGAAACUUGAAGGAUUGUUUGCUACACGAGACCUCUUACUCAAUAAAACUGUGGAUGUGUACGAAGCGUAUCGUAAAGAGCAGAUAAACGCCAGUUCUGAUAUAGAAGAUUCUUACAACUCUCUGACAAGUCUUCUUAAUGAAACGGCUGGAUUUUCCAGUGUAAGUAAAGGCACCACAUGGUCAAUUGUCCUGUACAGUAUUACAGCUGCGGCAGCUAGCAGGGAGCAGCACUGGAGGGAGGCGUCCCAAGCUUUCUACCGGGUCUCCAUGGUGUACAGCAACCUGCAAGCAACCGCGUGUGCAGUUGACAGUUUGUUAGAUGCGCACUGGAUGUGUUGCCAAGCGGAAGAUUACUCAACUGCCCUACAAUUUCUUUACAAUGGAUUCAUUCGGGCAUUAGCUGCAAAGGACUUGAUGAGAUGUCUCAGACUCGAACAACAGGCGUUGCACUUAGUGGACAAAAUUAAUUCACUGGGCUCCAAAGUCCAUCAAAUGAUGGAUGACGAGGACGAACUGAAUACUAGGCAACAGGUCAGCACCCACCAUGUGGAGUUCUUGGUCAACAUGAGCCGUGCCACACGACGAAGGGACUGGGCCUGGUUUGAAAUCGCUGAAACUGAACUGCAAAAGUUUUGCUCCGGAGAUGGUCACCAGGCAGACGUGGUCCUGCAGGCCGUGUUUCUAAAGAUAAAGAAGUCACUUCCAGGCCCAUAAGAGUGUUAAAGGUGGAAAGAAAUCUCUUGAUUUCGGUGCACAGUGUCACGUGACAAAGACGAAAAAUGACGAGGUCAUCUGGAAAUGAGACCACUCUUUUUCCAUGCAUUCCUGUCUACACCAAGGAAAAAACUACUAUCGACAUGCUGCGUUCAUUACACAGGUAGCCUUUUAGCCACUUAGCAUAUAAAUUCUUUACCAUGUUUCUUCCGGUAAAGAAGCAAAUGAAAUGAAUGGUUAAUGCCUAUUGUAAAAUAACCCUGAUACUGCGUGCCCUCUGACAGGAUGAAAACCUUCUGAAUGACAAAGGAAUUAACAGUUGGAAUUAUUUUGUUAAGAAAUUUCGCUUCGGAAAAAGAACAUUUUGUUGAUCCCUUUUGAGCGGAAAGUAAUUUCGUUUCCUAAAAUAUUUUUUCUUAUCUUUGACCUUAGGCUGAUUUGACGACUAAGACAUAAAUGAUAUUAAAGCUUGGACUAAGAUAAGAAAACCAGUUGUUUAAAUAAUCAGAAGAAAGAUGACGAUUAGCAAUGACUGCCUUUCUGAGUGUAGUUUACAGAUCGACACUGCAGAAAUUUGUCUAUGCUCCAAGGUCAUUCCUGUAAAUAAUUAAGGCUUUUCCUUUAUGUGUAUUUUGCUAGAAAUGUAUUGAAUAAUUAUAAAUUGAACUGACAAAUAAAAAAUAUUUUUAA